ACAAACACACCACACGCACGCACACGGACUCUAUGACUACUCUCUCCGUCUCUCUUUCUCACACUCACUCUCUCUGUUUCGUCCUCUUACCAUUCCUCUUGUUUCUCUCUAACACUCCUCCUCCUGAGUGUUCCUUCCUUUGCAUCCUCUUUCUUUCUCCUUUUUCAUGCCGAGAGUUUGGGACUAAAUUCUGUAUGUCGGCUCAUGUAUGUGUGUGCUCCCUAUGUGCGUCAGUGUGCACGCUGGUGAGCGAGAGUGUACGGGAACUACCUCCGUGUGAGUGACAGCAGUGAGACGCAUCAGUGAGUGUAUGUGGGUCUCUCUCUUACACUCACACACUCGCCGCUCCUCCUCCUACUCUACUUGGGAUCCCUGUGUCCCUUUCCUCGGUGGCAGGCUCCCCACACCCAGCAGUCACCAUUUCCGCCCCAGGGAGAGCCACGCUGGCAGCACAGCCCCUUCCCCGACUCAGCAUCGGGAGGAAGACCCUGGUGGCGGCUGCCGUCGGGGUCAUGCUGGUCCUGGUGCUGGUGGUCCUCAUCCCCGUCCUGGUCAGCUCCGUGGGCACUGACACCAGCCACUUUGAAAUGCUGGGUACCUGCCGCAUGGUGUGUGACCCCUACCUGAACAAGGGUACCACGGCCAGCAGCACCAGCUCCAGUGGCAUUCAGGCAGAAGCCGAGGCCCUCAGCGACAACAGCAACAUGCCCUCCACGCUGGUGCAGGGCCCCCAGGGCAAGCAAGGCAGGCCAGGUAAACCUGGACUCCCUGGACCGCCUGGAGAGCCAGGGCCACCGGGGCCAGUGGGACCCCCUGGAGACCGAGGGUCUGGAGGGAGGACUGGGAUUUUGGGGUUGGGGGGGAAUGGAGCUAUCAGCACGGCCACCUACAGCACAGUGCCCCGGGUGGCCUUUUACGCAGGGCUUAAGAACCCCCAUGAAGGCUAUGAGAUCCUUAAGUUUGACGACGUGGUCACCAACUUGGGAAACAACUACGACGGCAUCUCGGGCAAGUUCAUCUGCAGCAUUCCUGGCACCUACUUCUUCAUCUACCAUGUGCUGAUGAGAGGAGGGGAUGGGACCAGUAUGUGGGCAGACCUCUGCAAAAACGAACAGGUGCGAGCCAGCGCCAUCGCCCAGGACGCUGACCAGAACUAUGACUACGCCUCCAAUAGCGUCAUCCUCCACCUAGACGCAGGGGACGAGGUCUACAUCAAGCUGGACGGGGGCAAGGCUCACGGCGGCAACAACAACAAAUACAGCACCUUCUCUGGGUUCAUCCUCUACGCCGACUGAACCCACCCAGGUGCCACGUCCAGAGAGAGAAAGACAAAGUAAGAGAUUGAGAGAAAGAGUUGUAAUGAGGGAAGGAAGGGGUAAAAAGCCAGAAUGCUUUCUAGUUUCCUGGUUGUCUCCAUCGUCACACCAACCUCUGCUUAUAAAACACAUCAGCCCCAAAUCAAGGUUCUCCAGCUCAGCUCGGCCUGCCUGUCUGCCGUGCUGUGAGGGAGGGAGGGAGAACAUGAUGAUAGGGGAGGGAGUGGUGGGGGGUGAAGCUUGGUAGAGAGAGGUGCCCUCCUCAUCAGAAUUCUAUCCUGUCAGUUGCUCCUCGCUUUCCUCUUCCUCAAACUGGAAAAUAAACCAACUAAUGCCAAGUGGAUCCGGCCUCAUCAUCUUCUCUCCAUAACAGUUGGCUAUAUGGACUCUGUUGACUGAAAUUGUCCUAUCUUGUCGUUGUGUGCUUUUCCUUAGAAUGUCAGUAUUUUACUUUUGUAAAAGAUACUACUACAUUGUAUAUUUACACAAAAGAGGAUAUUGAAAAUAUGUUUGUCCCUUGUGAGAUAAAAAAAAAACUUGAUUUUGAGAGAAUGGUUUUGUGAGAUGUGGAUUGUGAUUCAGAAGCCUUUAGCUGAGAAAUGGAAAUGAAAGGUGUCAUUAUGGUUUCUAACGAUAUAUGAUUUCUGGCAUUUGACAGCCGGCUAUCACAUGGUGUUUGUUUAUGUGUGAUGUCAGCUGUGGGAACACAGACCUGGUUUGUGGCUGAAUGUUAUUCAUGCAAGGCAUGUUAUACAGAUACAAAUUGACAUUUGCCCUCGUCCCAUCCAACGCAUCUAGAGUCUCUAUCCUUGCCCCUUGUCCUGUCUCUAUACCCCGAUCCUAUUUGUCUAUACAGGGCCAAAGUGGGUUGAAAAUAGACUCAAAUGUAUGUUAGAUGUUCUAGUUACGUAGAUAUCCUCCACCAUCAAUGAAGCCACAUAUUCAGAUUCUGAGGUAAACCAUUUUUAUAAAAAACAGUGUCCAUUACUUCAGCUUCGUCUUCGGGGCACUCUGCUAUGGUGAAGUAAAACAUAUCAAGCAGGGCAAGGAGAGAGAGAGAGGGUGAGAGAUGGAGGGAGAGAGAGAUGGAGAUAGAGAGAGAUGGAGAGAGAGAGAGGGUGAGAGAUGGAGGGAGAGAGAGAUGGAGAUAGAGAGAGAUGGAGAGAGAGAGAGAUGGAGAUAGAGAGAGAUGGAGGGAGAGAGAGAGAGGGUGAGAGAUGGAGGGAGAGAGAGAUGGAGAUAGAGAGAGAUGGAGGGAGAGAGAGAUGGAGAGAGAGAGAGAUGGAGGGAGAGAGAGAUGGAGAGAGAGAUGGAGAGAGAGAGAGGGAGAGAGAGAGAGAUGGAAAGAGAGGGAGAGAGAGAGAUGGAGAGAGAGAGAGAUGGAAAGAGAGGGAGAGAGAGAGAUGGAGAGAGAGAGAGAUGGAGAGAGAGAUGGAAGGAGAGGGAGAGUGAGAGAUGGAGAUAGAGAGAGGGAGAGAGAUGAAAAGAGAGGGAGAGAGAGAUGGAGAGAGAGAGGGAGAUGGAGAGAGAGAGAUGGAGAUGGAUAGAGAGAGAUGGAGAUAGAGAGAGGGAGAGAGAGAUGAAAAGAGAGGGAGAGAGAGAGAUGGAGAGAGAGAGAGAUGGAGAGAGAGGGAGAUGGAUAGAGAUAGGGAGAGAGAGAUGAAAAGAGAGCGGGAGAGAGAGAGGGAGAUGGAUAGAGAGAGGGAGAGAGAGAUGAAAAGAGAGGGAGAGAGAGAGAUGGAGAGAGAUGGAGAGAGAGAGGGAGAUGGAUAGAGAGAGAGGGGGGGGGUUAUGGCGAGGCAGAUUUUCUGUUUCAGUGUCUGAGGCUUCACUGGAUGUCAUUAGCUGCAUAUUCACUGAUACAUACAAGCAUUAUGGUAAUAUUUACUCAACAUGGCGGGCUGACAGCUUGCUUUAGAAUUAAAUUGAUUGGGUGAGUGAGUGACUUGGCUUCUUAGCAUUGUGUGUAUGUGUAUGUGUGCGUGCAUGUGUGUGUGUGUGCGCGCGUGUGUGCGUGAAUGUGUGUGUUGGUGUAUUUGAGUGUUUGCAUCAGAGCAUGCGCCGUGCCAUUGCUACAUUGUUGUUUUUCUGUUAAUCUGUGCUACAGCCAAUGACAGAUAUUUUACUCAGCAGACAAUGAGAUUGCAUUACGUAGGGAGGGGAGCCUCUGUAGAGAUGAUGAUAAGAACAAACAGCUUGUAAAUGAAAUCUAUGCUAUGUUUGUCUAUCUAAUUUUAUCUUUUUGAAUUGUUGAAUACAUUUAAAUAAUAAAUGGAAUUUUCGGA